AUGUCCACCUGUUCCAGUCCUAUUCUGGUCGACUUGGCCACUCGGAUCAGCCAAGCCACUGAGCAAGUGAAUGCUUUCCUGGUGGCGAAUGACUAUCCCCAGCCCUCGUUCGACCGCGAUGCACCUGCUGUAUUCCCGGAAGCGCCCGCAGAUGCCUGCCAGACGAUGUGCGGUGCGCUGGUAGGACCAGCUGAGCAUCUCCGCUGGCUGGCGUGUAGAUGCCACGACAUGUCCAGCCUCCGGUGGCUCUACCCCUUCAACAUUGCGCCAGCUAUCCCACUGUACCGGGCCGUCUCGUAUAGCGAAGUGGCCGCCACAGCCCAGGCAGACGAGAACAGAUUGAAGAGCGUCCUACGGCUGGCCAUGACGAACGGGCUCUUCUGUGAACCGCGUCCGGGAUUUGUGGCCCACAAUGCUGCUUCAGCCCUCGUCACCUCGCCCACUCUCAACGACUGA